AUAAAAUUCACUGUCAUUUCCAACAUGGUGUCUCUUGUCUUAUUGCAACAUCAUACAAAAUAUAUUUAUUUUUUCCGGUAACUUUUGCAACACAUUGCAAUGCCCUUUUGCCCCUGGGAGCAUCCUAGGGGGGUUACCAAGGGAGUUGUAUUGUGCACUUCUUGGGGAUAAAAGGGUGAGGGGUUUAUGGUGAAAAUGGUGGCGAAAGGUGAGGUGAUGACGCGUGAUUUGUGCCUACUAUGAUUCUCAUCGUUCUCAUCAAAAUGACCUGAAGAUGAAAACACACAUUUCUCCACUUUUUUUACCCGUUCCUGGGCAUGGAAGUUGCAGGUGUUAUUCCACGAAAGGCUCGUGACCUAAGGAUGCAAAAGUGAUGGGAAUUGGUUGUGAGAGAUGUGUACAGUACAUAUAUGGCAAAAUGGUGGAUGUUGUAAAUGAGUAGACAGUGAGUGGCUUAAGAUGCCCAGUGUGGAUGGCAAGGAGAUAGCCCUUAAUUGAGUUGUGUUUCUGUGUGCAAAAGACAAUUUCACAAUUUUACUUCAUUUACAAGAAGAAGAAAAUUUGUGCAUGGAAAGACAAACAAAAAAAUAAAUCUCUGAAUAAGAAAAAAAAAGUGUUUAUAGAUAUAAAAAAAAUAUUAAAAAAUUUAUAGUGAUUAAGUUGUAAAAAAAAAUACAAGAUAGUUUAAGAAGCAGAGCAUUAAAACACCCAAGAAAAGCGUUUAAUUUCCAAUUUAGUGGGUGUAUUGGAAUGUGAAGGUUUUUAUACGAAGAAGAAAACAAAAAUAAUUGAUCCCCCUAGCAGCAGUCAGAUUACUCCUACCUACUACCCCUAUCCCAGAACGGCAGAAAGAAGAUUUCUUAGUGAUAUAAAAGAAUCAGUGAUAAGUGUGUGCAAGAGACGUCGAGAGAGAGAGUGAGAGAGAGCGGAGGAGGAGAGAAAAGAGAAAUUAAGGUUCGUUGGUUAUAUUUUUUUCAUCUAUAUAAAGUGGAAUUGGAUGAUGCAGGGUGUGACGGAAUGAAAUGGAAGCGGCAGUUCGACUAGUGCAAGGUGGUGGCCCAAAUGGGCAGCGAAUGGAUGGUGCUGGUGGGGGGCAGCAGGCACAGCAACAGCAAAAUGCUCUGACACAUCAGGUGCGCACAGUACCACCGCAGGGGGUACCGCCUGGGGUAGCACAGGUGCGCCCCAUGGAUCAUCAGCCGGCCUAUGCGUCAAAAUUGCAGGCUCCAAUGCAGAAAGUUAGUCGUACGAGCCCCCUGUCGCCCCCACGGACGGCUGCCACAACGUACUCAUGCUAUCCGGGUACGGUGGUACGUGAUCCGGGGGCUAGGUAUACGCAACAGAUGCCCUACAGGCAGGUGGGUCAUUUCAGAGAGACUCCCUACAAAUUAGCACAUGUUCACCAGAUGGACUACCAUCGUCUGGUAUCGAAUGUCUCCUCGGCGACGAAUAGUUUAAUGGUGGGCGGUGGAAGUGGUGUACCCGGAAUGCAUGAGGCAAGCCCACCGGGUGCUGUGGAGAAUCGUCAGCGAAUCUCACUCCUGCCAUACGGAGCUGGGGGCUUUCUGCCGUCUGCGCAGACGCGGCAAAUGGGGCAGCCGGAGCACGAGCUCGAUGGGCAACCGCCGCCGGGUAUAAAGAGAAUCCUCAAUCUUGGCGAUGGGCCCGUGAUGAUGAAGAUGGACGACACGGAGCCCACGCCGGGGAGUGUCUAUCAGACGCGCAUUAAGAAUAUCUGUGUGGACGAUAUGACGGGGCAGAUGAAGAUGGAUGAGCCGUCGUAUGAGCCGCGGAUAAAGAAGAUGUGUGUGGAUGAGGGAACAUCGGGGUUGCUGAAGAUGGAGGAAACGGACCCAGCAGCGGGGGGUGGGGGUGCGUACCAACAGGGUAUAAAGAGAAUUCGCCUUGGUGAGGCGCCGGGAAUGCUGAAGAUUGAAGUUCCGGAUGCACCACCAGCUGCUGGGGCGUAUCACCCACAAGUUGAGGCAAUUUCCCCAACACUCCCCGGGGAUUCAGCGGAGGAGUUGCGAGCAACAAAGGAUGAUCUUCUGCAGCAAAUUUCCAAGGUUGACAGUGAAAUUGGAAAGGUGGAGAAAUCCAUUGAGCUGCUGAAGAAGAAGGAGGCCUCACUGCAGGAGGCAUCAGCAAAACCCCCAGCAACGGAGGAGGCGUCGGAAAUUCCGCCGAAACAUCGGAGUUUAGCACAGAAAAUCUAUGCGGAGAACAAGAGGAAAGCCUCAAUGGCGCAUGCAAUGCUUAGUAGCUUAGGUCCCCCAAUUGAUUUACCCCUCUACAAUCAACCAUCCGAUGUGGAGGCAUGUCGUGAGAUUAUUCAGCGGAAUGUUGCAUUCAAGCCGCGCCUGCUGCUGCACUGUCAGAAGAUUAAAUCGGAAAAAUCCGCACGUAGUGUAGCCUUUGCUGAGUGCUACUUCCAAAAAUCCCAAGAAUGGUUGAGGCGCGUGGAGAAGAAUGAGGCGAGCGCCAAGAGGAAGACGAAGGAAGCCAAGAAUCGUGAAUUCUUUGAGAAAGUCUUUCCGGAAUUGCGAAAACAACGCGAGGAUAAAGAGAGAUUCAAUCGUGUUGGUUCUCGCAUUAAAUCGGAGGCUGAUCUCGAAGAAAUCAUGGAUGGUCUCCAAGAACAGGCAAUGGAAGACAAGAAGAUGCGCUCAUAUGCAGUUAUUCCACCACUUAUGCUCGAUACGCAUCAGAAAAAGUACUACUUUAUCAAUGAAAAUGGCGCUAUGGCGGACAUGGAGGCUGAUUUCAAGGAUCGUCAACAUCUCAAUUUGUGGACAACGGGUGAAAAGGAGAUGUUCAAGGAGAAAUUUCUGCAGCAUCCAAAGAAUUUUGGGGCAAUUGCAGUUAGCUUAGAUCGUAAAAGUGCACAGGACUGUGUUAGAUACUACUAUUUGAGUAAGAAGACAGACAACUACAAGCAACUACUGCGGAAGGCACGUCAGAGGACGAGAAGUUCAAAGAAUCCUCAGAAGUCGACAAUAAAUCAAUCCCAAUGUAUUAUCGAUGCACUAACAACGGGCGUCACGACGAGAUUGCAAAGGGAACAGCAACAAAAAAUCGGUGUACGUGAUCGUUCAACGGCAACAUCAACGGCCAGCAAUCAAUCUUCUGGGGCGGGGAAUAGUACAGCUGGGAGUGGAACAGCCACUCCCGUCUCUUCAGUAGCAGCAGCAGCAGCAGCAGCUACAGUAGCAACGUCUACUGCUGCUGCAGCAUCAGUAGCAACAACAACAACAACGGGAUGUACAAGUACAACAAGUACAGCUCUCAUUGGGCAGACACCGGUCAAUAGUCAACCGGCUGGUGCUGUUCAGGAGGGCGCACCAGCGGCAUCAGCGGCGGAAGGUGCCGCUGAGUCAAGUCAACCCACAGUGACGGCAUCGGGGCAGAAUCAUGUGGAGAAUGAAAGCCAGCAAACCACAUCGUCGGGCGGGGAGACAUUUUCGGGGUUUUCCACCCGAAAAGAUGAUGCCCCAAGUGAAGGUGGUGCAGCCACGGAGAAAAGCACCAAUUCCGCGGAAUUUGGUGCAAUUGACACUCAUUCAGUGCCUCUCCAUCAAAUGGAGUCACAUGCAACGUCAAAGAAGGACCUCAGCAGCAUCACACUGGAAAGAACUGGUAAAGAUGACUCAACGGAAAUCAUUGCAGUGGAUAAAGAUGUCCUGCAAUUUUGCUUCGUGUGCAAGGCCACACUGUGCUCACGGAGUCGCCCAUUGGAGAAGAGUCGGUGCAAACAGUACGGGAUUCCGGAAGGGAAUCUCAUACCGGGAGCACGUGUGUGCAACACAUGCCAAUGCAAAUCAUUGCGUUCAAAGUACAGCAGUUGCCCACUGCCAACGUGCCCCAAUGCAAAGGAUCGCGUGAAGCGCUUCCGGAAUCUCCCGACGCGCCUGUUUGACUUGGCUGCCGAUGUGCGGGAUGCCAUUGUGGCGGAAUUCCAAAUUCCACCGGGUGUGCAAAAGUGCUGCAGCGCCUGCCUCAUACGUAUCCGGCGGAAAUUGGCGCCGCACAUUCAGACAGCUGUGUUCACGGACGAGGAGAUUGGGCGCCUCAAGGUGGGCCUGACGGAAUGGGGGCACAAUUGGCAGAAGUUGGAGGAGGUGAUGGGGAAGCCCGUGGCAACGGUGCGGAUGUUUUAUUCGAUUAAUAGGAAAAAGUGUGGAUUGGAGGAGGCCGUUGGGGAGUACUACAAGAAGAAUCCCGGUGAAAUGCGUGAGAUGCAUCAUGGUGGGGAGUUGUCGGAUGUGGAUGAGUCUGACUUUAGUACGUCGUCGUGUGAUGAGCGUGAAGCGAACAGUGACACAGCAUCCGCAGAGAGUCCAUCGACAAAUCCACCGCAAAAUCUUCAAGCUGCGGGGCAGAUUCCCAUUCAGGGAGGGGGAGGAGUUGUUGGUGGAGCCUCAGGGGUGAAUAAAGUCGUUGAAGUGGAAGCUCUCACGGCCGCGGGGCAGAUGGUGAUGACGAAGAAGCCAGAAGAGGAGCGUGCGGUGCAACCAGAACCGGCAAAGAGGCAUUCAAUGAAGAGUAUUGAGGAAUGUGAUUCAUCGGCCACGGAGACGGCUGAUGAGGAGAAUGAGCUAUCACCGGCAAAUCGACAGAGUCCCAAAGUCUUGCUCUACCCGAAUCAGACAACAAUCACCAUGUUGCCGUUUUCGGGGCAAAACGGGCCGCGGGAGGUGUCGUCACCGCCGCAAAAUGUACGUGAUGUGGUGCUGAAUGUGAUUGAGAGGAGCCUGAAGACAUCCCAGGGUCCGCAGAUGAGUACGCAAUCGAAGGUGGGCAUUAUAAAGACUCCCUUCUCAAUGGAACCACGCACGGAGAUGACGUACAUGCGCGGGGAUGUGAAGGAGCCCCCAGCACAGCAUCCGUCCGAUACUCUUGCAACAAUUUCCGUACUAAAUAGUCAAAAUCGUGCCCUAAUGACCGCUCAGGCGCCCCCUCAGCACCAUCCGGGUGUCUCUCAAGCCACUCCGGGGCAAUUUGCAGCAACAAUCACCCCAGUGCCACUCACAAAGGGCCCCUCCUUGGACAUGCAGAAGGAGCAACAGAUGAAGAUGUAUGCAACAAUGCGUACAGAACCAGAGCCCCAAACAUUGGAUUUGAGUGUGAAGAAGACUCAAGUGAGGGAGGUGACGCCAACGCAACAGAAGAACCCAACGCCAACACAGGCACAAAUGGCAAAUAACGUCGUGGCAAUGUUGCGUACAGAAGCGGGGCAGACACAGAUGAGUUUACCGCAGCAAACGGUGUCACCGAAUCAUCUCUAUCAAACACAUCAGGCCUAUCAUCAGCAACAGGCACAAGUGAUGGAAAUGCCAGCUAGAAGAGUACCAAUGUGGUGUUCUCUUGAAGGUGGUCGCUCGGCAAAGUCCCCAUCGGUGUUUGUACCCAUCUCCGUGGGUGCCCAGCAGCAGAUGUACCAUCAGGUGCCGUCAACGCGUGCUACCGCUGUCACAGCUGGGGCCAUGAUGAAGAGUAAGAUGAGCCCAAAGCCACAGAUGCAGCAACCACAGCCACCAACGGUUGGGAAUCCAGGAGGUGGUGGAGGUGGUGGUGGCCCCAAAGGUUCCAUCACGCACGGCACCCCAGUGAGUUCGGUGAGUCAACCGGCGACGUUCCUCCUUCAGGCACCGCCAAGUGCUUCACCGCGAUUCGAUGCAGCUCCCCAGCCGGCUCCUGAGAAGAUUGGUAGCAUCACACAGGGCACACCUGUGCACAUGCCACCGCAUCAUCUCAAUGACAAACAUCGUGUGUAUGAGUACUACAAGAAUAGCCGACAGAGUCCGGCACAGCAGACGCCACAGAGUAGCCCGCAGGCGAACUUUGGGCCAUCAUACGCACGCUCUUUUGGCAUGGAUCAGCAACAGCUGAGUUCGCGGCAGAUCAUUGUGAAUGACUACUUCACGUCGCAACAGAUGAUUGGGCAGGCGCGUGGUGUGAGGACGAAUCAACCAACGCCGGAGAAGGAUUCCCAUUCACCGCGCAAUGUGGCCACAAUAAAUGCCGGCAAUGUGGCCAUGUACUACGACAAGGAGCGCCAACGAAGUGAAUAUAUGAGUAGAUCCUCACCAGCAGACAAUGCCAACAGCCUCAAUCAUUCGCUGAAGACACCACCACCGCCACAGCGACAGGGUGUCAUACAGCGUCACAACACGGGAGGCUCAAAACCAUCGAGUCCAGCACCGAAUCGUCUCCAUGUGAUGCAGCAUCACUACCCACCGCCACCGGGUGAACGAAUGGCAGCGGCGGCAAAGGAACGCGAUAGGCAAUUAGCUGGUGCCACAUUAGCUGGGCAUGAGGCAUUCUCAUCACUCGUAGAUGUUGCCGUGCAGCAACCAUUGCUGCCUGUGCCGCAGGAUAAACGUCCACCAGCAUUCCAGGGGAGUCCUGCAACACACCACGAUAUACGACUGAUGGCCUUUCAGUUGCAUCAGCAUCAGCAAUUUCAGCAAAUGCAGCAGCUCGACAUGAAGCUGGAAUCGCAGAAGAGACAUGGGCAGCACAUGCCGGGAUCGACAUUUGAGGAGCUGCAGCAAUUUGAGCGGGAACGCCGUGAGGAGCAUUUUGCAGGACGCGGAGACGGGCAUGCGCCAUCGCAUGAACUCCUUGAGCGUCAUGCGCAACUUGAGCGUGAUCUCCAUGCCGACCAUGAGCGUCUAAUGGAGCGCGAUGCGAUGCUGGCGAGUGCGUCAGAGGAGCGUGCGGCCAUGCAUACGGCAGAGAUGGAGAAGGCAGCAGCUGCGGAGCAAGAGCAACAGAGACGAUUGGCUAUUGCGGCACAACAGCAGCAGCAGCAGCAGCAGCAACAGCAACCACCGUAUGACCAAUCACCAAAGGUCACUGCACGCCAAAUUCUCGACCGAGAUCGCGAAAGAUCUGAAAGAUCUCUUCUGCCACCACGAUCAACUGAUGGAACACUAACUGCGGCCAAUCUAAUUGAUGCCAUCAUAACGCAUCAGAUUAAUCAGAGUGCAUCGGAACCACCACCAGUUUCCGUCAGCAGAGCCCUUCACAAAUCAGGCUUUUUUACUGGACGUGAUUUACAUAGUGGUGCAUCGGUGUAUGAGAAUAGCGGCGGCAGUGGUGGUGGAAGUGGAGGUGGUGGUGGGAGCAAUCAGUCGGGCAAUGUGAUAAAGAUUGGCUUUGACAGUGAAGCUGAAUCAUCGUCGUCGGCGUCGUCACGUCUUGCACCCGGGAGUGGGGGGACGGUUAUGACGAAAAACAUAACAAUUGGCCAAUUAACGGAUUCCAUCAUACAGAAGGAUUUUGGCCCGAAUCCCUUUCAUCCGCUGCGUCAGACGCAAUUUAUGCAAUAUCCAACGCAUGAGCAGCUGAUGGUGCAGCAACAGCAGCAAGAUCAGUGGGGACGACGCCUUGGUGGGGGGAAGGAUGGCAUUGUGACGGUGGAUCGGUUGAAGAAGAUGGAGGAGGUUGUGAAGAAGGAUGAUGGAGGGAAGGAGAGUGGUGGGGGGAAGGAGGGUGAGGCGGAUGAUGGACGUCAAGUGAGUGGAAUGCGAAUGACAGCCCCGAGCCCGAAUCAUGCGGCUGCUUUGAAGUCUGUGGCGGUGUCGGGAGAUGUUGGUGCAGUAACACAAACGGAGCCAAGUGGGGGUGGCCCCUUUUACCAUCUCAACGACACGGGGGAUCGACGACAACAUGGCGGAGGGGCGGCGCCGACAAUUGGGUCGCAUCAAACGAAAUUUGCCCUUGAUUGCUAUGUGAAGAAUCGCAUUGUUGAGGCAAUGCGAACGGAAGAUGAGAAGCGUAGUGAUGAUCGUGAGCGGGAAAUGCGUGAAAUGGUGCACAUGAAGCAGCAGCAGCAGCAGCAACAGGGUGGUGGUGGUGGCUAUGGGAAGAUGGAGGUUGUUGUUGAUAAAAGCGAAGGAGGAGGCGGAGCAACAGCGCCGGAUGAUUCAUCAUCACGUCCUCCGAGUGGGGGUGUGAUGAUGAAGCAACCGCCGCCGCAGAGUUUUGCCCCGACUCCCACCUCCGUGACGAGUUUCUCAUCGAGCGCCUACCACUACCCCUACAGUGCGCUAAAUGUAACACCAGCACCACCCACGAGUAUUGCUACGGUUGCCAUUGCGAAGACAACCGAAGAUGCACGACCGCAGCAACCCGAACCGAAGCCACUCCUUUCGGCACAAUACGAAGAGCUGAGUGACGAAGAAUAGUGGGCGACAACACCAAUCUGCGCGUAUGUUUUGAGAUUAAAUAUUCAGAAUUUUUUUUCUUUUAUAAAUAUAUUUACAUAAAAUAAUUUUUUCUUCUCCUUUAAAAAAAAUAUUUCCUCCUUCACCGACA